GGCUAUGAUUUGGGUAAUUAAUAACUCAAGAGGUGAGUCUUGUAGAGUUGAAUUGAAGAGCAAAUGAAUAUGGCAUCGUUAUCGGCAUUGGGCAGCGCUGUCGCUAUUCCUCUCUCACACUCGAACCCUUCUCCAAACACCAAACUCUUGUUCACUCAUUCUCUUCCCAUUUCCCGCACCAUCAUCGCCUCUCCAACGCCCAUGCGUGCACCCACCUUCGUUCGAGCCGCUUCCUCCUCUCCCUCCUUCGGCUCUCGCCUCGAAGACACCAUCAAGAAGACCGUUUCCGACAACCCUGUUGUCGUUUAUUCCAAAACCUGGUGCUCCUACUCUUCUGAGGUCAAAUCCCUCUUCAAGAAGCUCAACGUCGACCCACUCAUCUUCGAAUUGGACGAAAUGGGUCCUCAAGGGCCACAGUUGCAGAAGGUAUUGGAAAGGAUCACAGGGCAAUACACUGUGCCAAAUGUAUUUAUUGGUGGCAAACACAUUGGCGGUUGUUCAGAUACACUGAAGCUCUACCGGAAAGGAGAACUUGAACCUUUGCUAUCAGAAGCUAAUGCUAAAAAAACAGAGGGCUAAGCUAUUAAAUGUCAUCCCGAAGGGAAUUUAAUCCUUUACCAAUUUGUUACUUUGUAUGUCUAUGCAGUUCUCUCAAUGUUAGUCACAAAUGUUGGUUGAAAGAAAUCAAAGCGCACUGAUAACUUGAACAUUGCCGUGUAGUUAGGUUCUUAUAGUAUAAAUCUGCAGUUGAAUGGUUUACAAAGCUAAAAGUUGCAACUUGGGAAUACUUUUAAUGGAUAUAUUUAUAUUUUCUUAUUAA